AUGUCGAGCACACCGCAGAGAAGUCCUGCGAAGCGGGGGCCGGGCAUCACGCAGAGGGAGAAACAGGCGUUGGUGGACGACCUGCAGCUGGAGAUCACCGAGAGAGCGCGUAAGCUACGAGCGCAGUACGCAUUGCAGGCACAAGGCUUGCGAACACGACUCGAAAUGCGCGUCAACCGCAUCCCACAGGCUCUGCGCAAGCGGAACAUCCAAGACUUGGUCGAUGAGCACACUGCCAAGGCGAACCCACUCCCUCCACCACCAAUGCCUGUUGCAGCCAAAGUGCAAGUAGCAAAGGCAGCGACCAAGGCGCCGGCUCCCAGUAAACAGCCGUCGAAGAGGAAAAGCGACGACAUCUCCACUGGCGACGACAAGGAGAAUCUGCCAGCACCAGCGACGGAAGAUCUUGCCAACCCCAAGAAACGUACCAAGCUAGGCGCUGUGGUCGCCAACUCGAAAGCGACCCGAACAGCUUCCCGCAAGGCAGGACCUGCGCCUGCUGGUGUAUUGUCUCCAAAGUCGCACAACUCCCGGACAUAUCCACAAUCACCACUGAAGCCAUCAACGCUAUCGUCGGCACAGUCGGCAGCGCCUCCCACGAAGGCCUCGACCCGCGCUCCCAGCCGCCAGACGGGUAAGCGUACUGUCGCUACCGCCGAGGCAGAUGGAAGGACGAGCGGCGCGAGUGACUCCAGCGCUGGUACGACGAUAGUAACGAAGCCUGGAACCAGAAAAGCGCCCCUGCCGAAGAGAGCGGCAAAGCCCGCCACGGCGAGCAGGAAGCCGGCGUUGGCGAAGCAAGAUACCGCACCUCCUCCUGCAGCGGCGGCGGGAAGGACGCUGAGGAAGAGAAAUUGA